UAGCUGACGAGAUCAUGGUACAAUGAAACAGCGACGAACCCUGCCCGUCGCUGGUGCUUGCCGUGCUGGCUAUUUCGUGUGGAUAUCCAAUACAUGGUCCUGGCAAGGCCAUCUAUUUUCUUUGUCAUCGUACUCGAUGCGCCCUCUCUCCGACCCCCGGGUCAGCGUUUUCUCUAUGCCGAUAUUCAUAGCCUGUGCCAUCAGUACAAUUUCUCGGCACAUUGCCGGGGCUCUCAGUAUGCAACUUGAAACUCGGUUACCUCUCACCUUCGUCCUCUUCUUCAGAAUCAGACGAGGAUGGGCACAGAUAUAGGCGGGUCUGAAAGUAACGCUGAGGACAAUAUCGGAGUGGACACAUAGGCGCACUUUGGCAGAGAGAUAUGGGAUAAUAUAUGGCGGGUGGUCAGUAGGGCGGCGAGCAGUCC